AUGCGAACAGGUGGCUAUACGAUUCAGCAGACACUCACUACAGAGGCUGCUUCUGUCUUGAAGCAAUCUCUCACUUUAGCUCGGAGAAGAGGCCAUGCUCAGGUCACUCCUCUCCAUGUCGCAGCGACAUUAUUGUCAUCAAGGACAAGUCUUUUGAGAAGGGCUUGCAUCAAAUCUCACCCUGGUUUUUCAACUAAUUACCAGUUUGCCCCUUCUCGUCUUCAUCAUCAGCACCAUAACCAAAACCAUCCUCUUCAAUGCAGAGCUCUCGAGCUUUGCUUCAAUGUCGCACUCAACAGGCUUCCCACUGUUCCUGGUCCCAUGUUCCAUGGUCAGCCUUCUCUCGCAAACGCUCUCGUCGCUGCACUCAAAAGAGCUCAAGCUCACCAGAGACGAGGCUGCAUCGAGCAACAACAGCAGCAGCAAACGCAAACGCAGCCUCAAACGCAGCAAACGCAGUUGCUCGCUGUUAAAGUGGAGCUUGAGCAGUUGGUUAUAUCCAUUCUCGAUGACCCGAGUGUGAGUCGGGUCAUGAGAGAAGCAGGAUUUAACAGCACCGCCGUGAAAACCUGUGUCGAGGAUUGCUCCGUCUCCUCCGUCUUCUACGGCGGCUCCGUCGUCGGAGUUUUCUCUUCCCCAAACUCUCCCGAUCAACAACAACAUCAACACCACAACAACAACAUCAACCGAUUUCACCACCACCAAAAUCCUAAAGACUUCAACUUUAUAAACCCUAGCUACGCUUUAUGGCAAACCCAUUUCCUAAACCACUCUCCCGACCAAAACCCACUUUUGAUCUCCCCCUCCUCUCACCAUCAUCACCAACGCCUGAGAGAAAUCGAUUUGAAGCUCGUCGUUGAUGUCCUUCUGAGGAAGAAAACGAAGAAGAAGAACCCAGUGAUUGUCGGAGACUCGGUCUCGUUCACGGAAGGAUUCGUCUCGGAGCUAAUGGCGAAGAUAGAGAGAGGAGAAACCGAUCAAAUCGGGGAUCUAAAGCAAACCCAUUUCGUCAAGUUUCAGUUUUCACCAAUGGCGUCGAAGUUUAUGAGGAGAGAAGAUGUGGAGGCGAACAUUAAGGAGUUAAGGAAGAAAGUCGUCUCUCUCACGACGAGUGGCAAAGAUGUAAUAAUCUUCACUGGUGACUUGACGUGGACAGUCAAAGAGAUUAACAGCAACAACAAUGGCGGAGCCAAUGAGAUUUUUUCCUCUUACAGUCCUUUGGAUCAUCUAGUUGAAGAAAUUGGGAAGUUAAUCGCUGAGUAUAACCAAGAAUUAGAAGAUGUUGAUGAUUGUAAAAUCCGAAGGGUUUGGGUAAUGGGAACAGCUUCGUUUCAGACAUACAUGAGAUGUCAAAUGAGACAACCUUCGCUGGAAACACUGUGGGCUCUUCAUCCUGUCUCUGUCCCUUCUUCUGCUAAUCUUGGCUUAAGCCUUCAUGCGACAAGUGGACACGAGGCGAGAUACAUGAGUAAUGUUAAUGCAACAAAGUCCUUUUCCGGUUACAAUAAAGCUGAGCAAGAAGAGACAAUAAGCUCUGUUCUAAGUUGUUGUCCUGAGUGUGUUUCUAGCUAUGAGAGAGACGCAAAAGCCCUUAAAGCUAACCAAGAGAAGCUCUUGCCUUCUUGGCUCCAAUCUCAUGAUGGAGACAAUUCACCACAAAAGGAGGAGUUGAUGGGAUUGAGGAGAAAAUGGAAUAGGUUUUGUGAACAUCUCCACCAAGAACAGAGGAUUAAUAAUCAAACAGAGCAAUUGAGUCUGAUGAGCAGAAACUACUCACAUGGCUUCCCUUACGGAUCAUCAACCGAGUCAUCCAGAUCAAUUUCUUUGAUUGACUCGUUGAGUCUAAAGCCGAACCAACGAGCCUCGAACUCGAUUGCUAAGUUCAGACGUCAGAAUUCUUGCACUGUGGAGUUUGAUUUGGGUGGAAAUGAGUACGAAAAAGGUGAAUCGAUCAAUGAAGCUGAAGAUGACAACGAAAACAUGAAGAUAACUCUCGAUUUGGGGCGUUCUCUGUUCCGAUCAGAUUCUGUGACAGAGACGAGGAAGAAGAUCAGUGCUUUAGUCAAAGCUUUGGAGGAGUGUAUUCCAUGGCAAGCUGUGACAAUGCGUCUGAUCGCUGAGAGUUUGACUGAUUGCGUGUUGAAGAAGAAAGACGGUUGGAUCAUGAUCGAGGGCAGCGACACAGCAGCGAAGAGGAGCAUAGCUCGUACUGUAUCUGAAUCUGUCUUCGGAUCUUCCGAGUCUCUUGUUCAUAUUGACCUUAAGAAGAAAGGUAGCUCGGAGACGCUACUCUCUUGCGGAUGGGAGAAUCGUGAGAGAGUUGUGUUCUUGAUUGAAGACAUCGACAUGGCGGAUUCUCGCUUCCUGAGACUCCUCGCUGAUCGGAGGAUGCAAACCGGUAAUGAUCGUCAAGCGAUCUUUAUUCUGACGAAGGAGGACAAUGCGAGAAACAGAGACUCUGUUUUGCAGAUUGGUUUGGAGAUCACUGGAGUGAGUCCGGGGAGGAAGAGAAAACCGGAGUCUGAUUUAUCGGUUAAGGAGGGUAAGAGUUUCAAGACCGGAGAGAUCGAGAAUGGGUUUUGGAUGAAGAAAGAAGUGUCCUCGAGGCAAUCGAGUUUCAACAGCUCUUACCUCGACCUCAACAUCAAAGCUGAAGAAGACGAAGAAGGAGAGAUCAGUCCGAUUUCAAGCGACUUAACCGGAGAGGAAGAGAUGGAGAUUUCUUCCAGCGGCUUUCUCAACCGGAUUCAGAACCGGUUUGUCUUGAACCGUUCGUAUCAACCAGGAAUCGAGAAGGCAAUGAUAACGGCGGCGUUCAGGGAGGUUUUUCCGGAAGGGGAAGAAGGCGACGGAGUUAGGUUUAGCGUGGAGGAGAAGUUAGUGGAGGAGAUUGGGGGAGGAAACGUGCAAAACGGUGCGUUUGAGAGUUGGUUAAAGGAGGUAUUUCAGGCGGGGUUACUAACGGUUAAAAAAGGAGGGAAAAAGGAUACGGGUGUAAUUAGGAUGGUGUUUGGGGGUAUAGUUGACAACAACAACAACAACAAACAAUAUGGUGGGGGUGUUGGUGGGUACAUGGGUACAUGUCUUCCGAACAAAGUCCAAGUUUCCAAGUUCGAGUAG